AUGGCACUCAGACCAACGCGAUUACUGCGCAACAAACUCGGCACCGUGGCCCCCCUUGAAGCGAAGUGGAAGGGCGUCGGUCCGUUCCUCUACGUGAACCAUCAUGUCGACCACUACCCCGCAGGCACCGAGACGCUUGGUCCUGACCCCAAACUCCUCAAGGGACACAAUCCGGGCUGGGACUUUGAGAAUGACUUCGGAUGGCGUACAUACAUGGCGACUGGGCCUGUUCCGGGAUUCCCUGCGUUAGUUGUGCACGUCGAAUGGAGGCUGACGUCAGGCACCCGCAUCGCGGCUUCGAAACCGUGUCGCUCAUGCGCAAAGGCUUCAUGGACCACGGCGACAGCACUGGUGCCGGUGCACGGUAUGGGAACGGCGACGUCCAAACCCGAACGAGUGGGAGAUGUGAGUGUGCUCCGCAAACCCAAGGCUGACAGCAGGUAUCAGCUCUGGCUGAAUCUGCCGAAGAAGAACAAGUUCGCCCCGCCCGAGUUCCGGAUGCUGUGGGCGGAGGAGAUUCCCAAGAUCGAGAAGGAUAACGGCCGCGUGAGGAUUUCGGUCAUGGCCGGCGAGUACGAGGGCCACGUCCCGCCGAGUGCACCGAAGAACUCGUGGGCGAACGAGCCUGGAAGCGACCUCGCUAUCUGGCUGUUCGACCUGAAGGCGGGCGGAAAGGUGACGAUCCCUCCUCCGAAGGGUGCAGACACUUUGCGUACCCUGUACGUCCACGGCAAGGGUGCGCGCGUGCGCCUAGGUGACCAGGAGGUGAAGGAGAACGAGGCCUUCGAGGCGUCGCCGGGAAACAGCGCCGAACACGCGAUUCCCGUGACGGCAGAGACGGACUCGACGAUCCUGCUGUUGCAGGCGCGCGAUAUCGGAGAGCCUGUCGUUGUCAAGGGACCUUUCGUCAUGAACACGGAGGACGAAAUUAAGCAGGCGUACGCCGACUACAAGAAGAGCCACUUCGGGUGGGAGGAGAGGUGGGACACGUCCGCGCCUGUGUAUCCCAAGGACGCGGGACGCUUUGCCUACUUUGGCGACAAGAAGGUGUACCCUCCCGGAAAGACUCCGCAGCAGUAG